GGGGAGAAAUAAAUGAGACGCAGUUAAUUGUAUAAUGUAAUGGAACACUUUCUCCGUCAUAGAAACAUUUAUUUAGUUACCGCAACGAACCGAUAAUAGAUGUAAAAAAAAUAAAUAAAAUAAAAUAAAAUUAUCCGAGUAGUACUAUACUCAGGCGAGGAAAAGUUCCAUGAAUUUCUGGCCACGCGGACAAAGAGGGCCGAGUAAACGACGUCAAUAGUUAGGGGCUAGAAGCGAAGUUGCGAGUUUGUUGAAAUCCAACAGUGCUAUGGGAAAAGAAUACAUUGUGCCACGAACGCAAUCAAGAUCCAAUCGGAUUUUAGUGAGAUACGUUAUAGCACAGAUGUUGCAAUGCCACGUACAGCGCUACAAUAAACUAGACCUUUCCAACGGCGCGGCGGAAGCGCACGAGAAAAUUAGACCCAUGUUGAAAUUGUAGGUGUUUUUUUUUUCGUUUUCCUGAUGCGUUGACGCCAUAUUUUGCGCAAUAAUGGUAAAUUUUCAGGUUUCUAUUGGUGUAAAAUUUAACAACUUACUCAAAAAUGUCAUCCUGUGUGAAACCGCGAGUCCAAUUUGUCCAAGUAAAUAGCUUCUGGCCAAGUUGUACUACCUGCUCUGGCUUGGUCUUUAUCCAAUUCUGUGUAGUACAAGGAAAACACGGAUGGAUAUUGUGUGGAAUGAGAACUGACGGAGAAAUUCUCCAGAAAAAAAGUCCAUAGCACAGGAUUAAUCGGAGAGAAAACUUCCUGCAAUGAGCAUCUUUCAUAGACGUUGGAAACACGCACUCUUCUUCACGAGUUUCUUCUCAGGAAUUUACAUAUUUCGUCAGUCUGCUAUAGAUACUGCAAAUGCAGGAUGUACGGGAGACGAGCACAGAGUGAGGAACUGUACCGUCCCAGCCCUGCAGUCCCUGCGGCAGUAUAACUCGUACAUCAACAAUAAACAAGCAGAUUGCAGUAAAUGGGUAGAGCUUGGAUCUAUGGGACCAUACGAUGGCAGGAAGUUCAUGUGCGUUGACUCCAGGUUCAACAUACAGCCCGGCAACUGCGUUGCUAUGUCCUUCGGCAUCAACGAUAACUGGUCGUUCGAGGAGGACCUCGAGAGGUUGGGAUGCAAGGUGUACGCCUUCGAUCCAACCAUAGGCCUAGAGACACAGGAGAGGUCUACCAACAUUCAUUUCUUCAAUCUGGGCAUCUCCAACUACCAAGGGCUCAGGAAAAUUGGAAUGAAUCUAAUACCAACGGAUUUCAACUUCACGAAGGAAUAUCCCGUCGAUACGUACGAAAACAUCCUCAAAAUGCUGGGUUUGACCGAUGUUCCCAUAGAUAUGGUCAAGAUAGACAUUGAAACAUCCGAAGUCGAAUUUUUCCAAGAUGUCCUGUACAAUACGCCCCACCUUUUGAGGAACAUCAAGCAGAUGGCUGUUGAAAUCCACCAUGAUAUUUAUGGAGGCAACGUGGGUCACACGAGCAUCCAACACGUCUUCUGGGUCCUCUUCCACCACCUGAAAUGCCACGGCUUCAAUAUAUACAUGAGCAGAGACGGCGGGUUCUUCAGGGAGGUUGUGUGGGCACGAGAAGCGGACUGGUGACGUCAAAAAAA